AUGUUUUCGAUCAAGCUGACCGCAGACGAAGAGGCAGUAUCUCAUGUCAGUUUCGAAGAUUUUCGAAGAUUUCUCAGCGGUAUUCUGGUGUGCGGUGAGCUGGCCUGGGCCCGAAAAGAGCUGACUGCAGACCCUAGAUGGCGAAGCAGUCGCCGACACUGGGCAUGUGCAAGAGACAAAUCUGACCACUUGGUUGGGCCCGACUUCAGGCAUGCGAGUGCUGGAGGCUACGCGAGCUUGCCGCAAGGUGAGCUGCCCCGGGGUUUGAGUGCAGCUGACGAUGGCAGGACGGUGAUGGAGCUGCAUGUCUUUUUGAUCCCCGUUCCCAUUGCCCCGACUGUCGGAGCAUGCGCCGGUGACUGUCGACGGCUCUCCAGUGCUGCACCCACUCGGCUGAAAGCUGAUCUCGUGGCUGAAGCUGACGAGAUGCACCAAGUUCUGCGGACAGCCGUCGCGCUACAGAACACUAUCAGGACAAACCCCCCGGGUUCCGCGUGGCAAGUUCACGAAAAGAUGCACAUCUCUGCAAUUCUGUCAGCUCACAAACCACGAUGCGAGCUGACCCCAGCUGCGAAGGCGCAGCAUCAUAGGGCUGAGAAGAGCCCGAUUCCUCCUGGCGCGGCAUGUCUACCAACUGUCAGCAAGCGGGCAGCCAGUUCUCCUACAUUCAGCGACUCGACUGUCAGCUCUGGUUCUCAGAUCUGCGUAGCUGAUAUCCCAGGGUUGCCCGGAAUGCUUAUCCCAUUGGUCUGCCAUCAGUCCCGACGUGAACACGUCCUCCUUGUCGGCGCUACUUCUCGAUCCACCACUCUGCCACAACUCGGUCCUGCACUCAUUCAUUCGGAGGUCAGUUUCGAUGCGCUUUUAACUCGAGGCGGGGUUCUGAGGUGGGGUGCUCAUGGUUCUCCUACAUCAACAGUUGAGUCCGUUAACAUGACACUGAACUUUCCUCGCGCUCGUGCUCAUCUCGCCGCUCCUCCCACUCUCGGCGCACCUGCUCGCCUGGCCAGUCCUGCUAUUCUUGCAGUCAACUUUGAAGAGCCCGGCAGCCAUGUCGACAACCCGAUCGUGCUAGACUCUGCCCCCAGCUCCAGGGCACCCUCCCCACUCCAGCCCGUCGAUAUGCACCAACCGCUCGCCCGUAUCCACCAGGAGAACCAGCAACUGCAGGCCCAGCUUGCCCAGGAGCGCCACUGGUCUGCAAUCGCUGACCGCCGGAUCCAGCGCGACAGCCGCAUUAUCCGCACCAUCCGCAAAGCGCUCAAGUAG